CGGGAGCUGGAGCCAGAGCUGGAGCCGGAGCAGGAGCUGGAGCCGGACCCGGAGCCGGAGCCGGAGGGAGGAAGGGCGAACUGCCGGAGCCUGGAAUGGAGCAGGGGGAGAGGAAGAGGUUCCUGUCCGCCUCGUCGGAAGGAGACUGGAGAGAAGAAAACAAAUUAAAACGAGACGUAUCUUCUUCCCCCAAAUUGGACAGAUACAAAAUGGCGAGACAGCUGACGGAAAAGGCCAUCAAGGACAAGAAGAUCUUCUCCAUCCACGGGCACUACCCGGUGAUCCGUGAGCUGCUGCGCAGGAAGGGCUGGGUGGAGAAGAAGCUGCACUUCCUGCCCAAGGGCUCCCCCAGGGGCGAUGGCGACAGCGAAGGGGCCGCUGAAACCAAACGCGCUGAAGGCAAAGAGAACCAGGACGUGGCCUUUGAGGAGACGGACGACAUCCAUGAUGUGAUGUCCAGGUUGGUGCGAAACGAGAUCCCUUACUUCCUGUGGACGAUCAAGAGGGACUCCAUCGACUACCACAGCCUGAGCGGCGACCAGAUGCUCAACCACUUCGGCAAGACGGCGUCCUUCACCACCAAGAUCGGGCUGUGCCUGAACAUGAGGAACCUGCCCUGGUACGUCCAGGCCAACCCCGACACCUUCUUCCCGCGCUGCUACGGCCUGGGCUCCGACAGCGAGAAGCAGGAGUUCCUGGAUGACUUCCGGCGCACGGCGGCCACCAGCAUCCUCAAGUGGGUGGUCAGCCACCAGCGCUGCCCCCGGAGCCAGGCCCCGGGCAGGCCCAGGGAGGCCCAGGACGCCGACCCCGGCAGCCAGAAAGCUCCCGAGAACAACGCGAAGCCCCUGGGCCUCUCGGGGCAGCUGGUGGACAUGGCGUGCCAGGUGUGCCAGGCCUACCUGGCGCAGCGGGAGCACGAGGACAUCGACGUCGCCAAGGACGCCGCCAAGGACCUGACGGAGGAGCAAUGGAAGGAGCUGACUCAGCAGUACUACGCCCUCAUCCAUGGCAAUGCCUUCCUCUCCAGCCCGAGGACCCACUUCUCGCAAUGCCAGGCGCUGCUGAACAGAAUCUCCUCCCUGAGCCCGCAGACCGACAUCGACGGGCUGCGCAACGUGUGGAUCGUCAAGCCCGCGGCCAAGUCCCGGGGCCGCGACAUCGUGUGCAUGAACCGCGUGGAGGAGAUCCUGGAGCUGGUGGCGGCGGACCACCUGUCGCCCAAGGACAAGUGGGUGGUGCAGAAGUACAUCGAGACGCCUCUGCUCAUCUACGACACCAAGUUCGACAUCCGGCAGUGGUUCCUGGUCACCGACUGGAACCCCCUGACCAUCUGGUUCUACAAGGAGAGCUACCUGCGCUUCUCCACCCGGCGCUUCUCCUUGGACAACCUGGACGGGGCCAUCCACCUCUGCAACAACUCCAUCCAGAAGCACCUCAAGGUGGACAAGGGCCGCAGCCCGCUGCUGCCCUACCACAGCAUGUGGACCAGCACGCGCUUCCAGGAGUACCUGCAGAAGCGCGGCCGCGGCUCCGCCUGGGGCAGCGUCAUCUACCCCGCCAUGAAGCAGGCCAUCGCCCACGCCAUGAAGGUGGCCCAGGACCACGUGGAGCCGCGCAAGAGCAGCUUCGAGCUCUAUGGCGCCGACUUCAUCCUGGGCCAGGACCUGAAGCCCUGGCUCAUCGAGAUCAACUCCAGCCCCACCAUGCACGCCUCCACGCCCGUCACGGCCCAGCUGUGCGCGCAGGUGCAGGAGGACACCAUCAAGGUGGUGCUGGACCGCAAGGGCGACCGCAGCUGCGACAUCGGCAACUUCGAGCUGCUGUGGAAGCAGCCCGUCGUGGACCUGCCGCCCGUGUACGGCUCGGACCUGUGCGUGGAGGGCGUGGGCGUGCGCAGAGGCAAGAAGCAGAUGCCGCCCAUCCCGCACUUGCGCUUCUCGCCGCUGCUGGACCCGCUCAAGGCUCGCGGCCCCCCGGCCAUGCCCGACCUGGCGCCCCCGCGGGCCCCGCCGGCCCUGAAGCUCAAGUUCGGGAAGGUUUAACUGAUGUGAAACUACGGGUGAAGCCAGACAAAAAGACUGACCCACUAGACUUUUUUACGGGACGCAUGAAAGAUGAAGUUUACGAUACCAAACAGGCAGCAGCUGACGAAGGGUGGGCACACCAACACCGAGCAAAAUGAUUCUUGAUGUUCUGAUUCCACGGCUUCGCGAGACCAGCAGCGCCAGGGCCAGAGCCGUCAUCGUGUGAAAACAGGUGU